AGAUAUGGGCGCCAAAUUGGUACGAAAACAUUACGUUACUGCUUAAGAAACCGACCUCUGUGUAACCACUAAACUACCCUCUAUUCCAUCCUGUCAAAGCAAACAUCUCUGAGUCGCAAACUGAUUCACUCUCCGGCAUGAGAACUCGCUUUCUUACCGACUUUUUCAACUCCUCCGCCACUUCUCAAUCCUUACAAACCCUAGAUUUCCUCCGAUUUCCACCUCCUCAGCUCCCUUCACCCGAACUUUUCAACUUUGACAAUCUCUCCUGUUUCGAUCAAGUCACCUCUCUUAACACCUCUCCUGAAAUCGAGAGAUUUUCCGUCAAUGAAUCUCUCAGUAAGUUCUUCUCCGACGUCCUUCCUCAAUACAUCAAUUCCGAUAUCGAUCAGCAAACCGCGAGGGCUGUAACAUCAGAGGAGAAAAUUGAUGGCUGUUUAGAUGGUGCUUCUAACAACAUCUCUACAUUAGUUGAAUUUGAAACUCCAGAACUUCAGUUAUCUUUGAAAGAUUCUUGUGUUUUGCAUGAGGAGAAGAUGCAAUUUUUCUUUGAAACUGCAGAUGAAGAAGUUAAUCUGGAUCUGCUUGAUUUUUCACAUGAGGUGCAAAAACUUCUGGAUAUACAGAAAUCAAUCUUCCAUAUUGAAGAUUAUCAUGUAGAGUUCCAGGAAGAUCAUAGGUCUGAUAUCUUUGAUAAUGGCAGUUUGAUUGAGGGCCAAAUAUCUUCCACUCGUAAUACAUUUCCUCUUUUGGAAAUAGACGAGACAAGUCUGGGAAUUAACAGCAAUAUAUCUGAAGACAAACAUAUCAUAUUUGAAAGCAAUGAACCCCAACAAUGGAUCCAAAAAGAUGAAUUGGCGUUUGAUGACAAUGAGCAUUUUCUUUCUACAGAAUUCAACAUAUUGGAACAUCUUUUAAACCACCCUCCAGUUCCAUGUCAUCAAUUUGAGGUAUCAUGUGUGAAGUUUGAUCCAGAGUACAUCAUAAAUGCCAUUGAUCAUGGAUAUUCCUCUUUGACAUUGACCCCACUUGUAUUUGAGCCACUCAAAUUCUUUGAUACAAAUACUUCCCAUUUUUCUCAAGUGUUUUCUAACACUGAAGUUAUAAAUGAAAAAGAACAUUGUGAACAGAUGUUUGGGGACACAACCUUGAUCACUUUCAAUGGCUUAAUUGUCGAACAUGAACUUACUCUGAGAGACGAUUCUUUCAAAUCACUACCUGUUCCUAUUUUUUCUGAUCAUGAAAAGAUACUUUCAGUACAAGAAAUGGUUGAGGAAAUAUUUCUGAAGUUGAAGCUGCAACCUUCCUCUACUUCAGAUGAUAUAUAUUUGGAUUGGCAUUUAUUAGAGGAGGAUAUUUCCAAUUCCAGUCAUAAUAUAUUCACUUCUUUGAAGAUGUUUGAGGAUAUAGACACUUACAGUGUGGAUGCAGACAUGAAAUCAUGUAACAUUCAGAUCCCGAUUUUGGAGUUUGUUUUAUUUGAUGAAUGUUCAGAUGAGCAAAAAUGUAAAGAGAACAUUGAGGUGCUUAAAAUACAAAUGAGUGGAAAUUCAAUGGAUUCUGUUCCUCAUGAUGGAAUUGCUUCAAGUAAGUUAAAUGAUAUAAACAAGAAGAUGGAAAUUGGAGAAGCUUUAGUUGACAAUAAGGUGAACAAGGAUCCUCAGUUUGUUGAAUCAAUGUCAGAGUUUAAUGAUCUAGACUUCUUCUUAAACUCCUUAGAGGAUACUUUUGUCAAAAAGCAGAAAGAAACAACAGAUAAGAAACCUGAAAUGGAUCAUGCCCUUCCUGUGGUUUCAUCUAAGAGUCUACUCAAGACACAUGAUUCCACCAAAAUACCGGAAUUGCCCUCAGCUAUGGAAUCAAAGAAAAUCGACACAAACACGUGUUCGUUACCUGAUGCCAUUAUAAUUGUGAACACCCAAAAUGUUGAUACAGAAAUGAUAAUUUCAAGAAGAAGCACAUACCAAAAAAUCCUUGCAAUGGAGAAACAAGGAGUACAAGUUGUUGAAAGGGAUUUAAAUCUACCAGUUGAUGUUAUACUUAGUGCUGCAGUUUGUUUAGUGUUGUAUGACAUCAAAAACAUUAGAACAAAGACAUCUUCUUCAGAUAGUGAAUUAUCUUCAUGUGUUGAAAAUAUUGCAGCAAAUGUUUUGACAUCAAUUAGUUUCGCUUUCAGUGGCUGCAUUCUGAUAUUUGAAGGAGAAGUUGGUUUCCUUGGUGGUAUAAUGGAAUCAUCAGCUGAAUUAUAUGCAGCUGCAGCAAGUCUAGGAAUUGACUUACAACUCUUUUGUUCAUAUUCAUAUGAUACAACUGAUGAGAUAAUAAUCAACUGUAUUUCACAUGCUGCAAAGUCAACUAAAGGUCUAUAUCCCAAAAUGCCUGAAUCAGAAACAUUAGCUGAAUCAUUUCUAUCCAGAUUCCCUUCAGUUAAUCCCCUGUCAGCUCAUGCAAUACUCUCAUCAGUCGGAUCACUCAUUCACUUUCUUGAAAUGCCACAUCAGCAAAGGGUUUGUGCUGUAAAAAAGUACCUUGUUCCUGAAUCAAGCAUCAUAUUGUUCACUGCUUUGUGUAAAUAUGGAGAAAGAGAAGAUUCUAAAUCAGGAAUGACAGAUUGCUGUUCUUCAGUUUCUUCUGGACAUGAUUCUGGACAUUGUUGUCCUAAAAUUGAUCAUGAGUCAAAGAAAAGAAAGUACAUUGACAUGCCCAUGGAUUACUCGUUUAAUGAUGUUACAUGGGAUACUCCAAAAAUCAACAUGGACUUUGAUGAGAUGUAUUUUGGUGAAAAACAAAGAUCUAAAGGUCUGCAAGAAGGGUAUAAAGGUCAAGUUAUUGACAUUAGUGAUGAUGACAUGGCAGGUGAGGACUUCACCUUUGGGCACACUGUAUCUUUUCCAACAAGAAGUGCUCCAGACAACUAUGGAACUAGAAAAAAUGAUUGGUGGAGUCUUCCUAGUUUUCCUACAGCUGCUGAGAUUACACUGAACUCACAAACAGAUUUAAAAGUGUCCUCAAUAGUGAAUUCUCCAAUGAAUUUUUGUAAAGAGAAGGGAGAAUGUAAGAAUGAUGAGACACCAUUAUCAAAAGCUAUUUCAUCAGCUCAACCACAGAAAGGGUCACCAUGGACUAUAGAUUUUUUAAACAGAAUUAAGGAAAAGAGCAGGAUGCGUCAGCAAUCUCUUCCAUUAAUUUCAUCUGCUCCUUGUUUUGGACACUCAGGGAAUUCAUCAAAGUUUAGAAAGAGAAAAAGUCCAUCUAUACUUGACUUUUAUAGGUACAAAAGCAACAGCAACAGCAAAAGCAACAUGCAAAACAUGGAACACAAACAAAAGGGAACAAUUCAAUUAUCACAUUCAUCAAAACCUGUAAAGUCAUCAUCACCUUUAUUGCCACAAACAUGGACACCAACUGACAAGAGAGCAAAAAGGAAGCUAACUUUUGCUACAGAUGGAAGCAAGGGCCAAAGCAAGCUAAUUUGGAGUGAUAAGACUGAUCAUCAAACUCUGAACAGAAGAUUGUAAUGUUGAGGUAAAAGUAAAACCCCACAAUAUGUUACAGUUAUUAUUAUCUACUGUAGUCCUAUUUCUUCUUACCAUUUCGAAUAUUUCUCAAAGUCAUUACCAGUUGUUGUCUUUCACCUUCCACCUCAGCAAAUCUAAGACUUAUUUCUGUAUAUUUUUCUUGCAUCUCUUUCAGUUCACUUUCCAUAUGUUUGUUCUUUUCAUCCAAUGAUGAUAUUUCACUUAAUAAUUUGUUGAUCUUCUGCUCAUCUUGCUUGCUAGUGCUCACAUCACAAUCUACUUUACUUUCCUGUAAAUUAGUCAUCUGAUGAGUUAAUGACCUUUUAUCGUGCUAUUCAAGUAGAUUUUUGAGUAAAUUACAACAAUGCCCCCCUGAGCUUUCUGAUUUUUGAGUUAUUGACCUUUUAUUGUGCUAUUCAAGUAGAUUUUUGAGUAAAUUACAAAAAUGGUCCCUUAGCAUUCUGAUUUUCUACCAUGUAGUCCAAAAAUGAAAUCUUCUUCGCUUUUGGUCCUUAUUACAAGUUUUCAUAUCGAAUUUGGUCCUUGGAAUCUUGUAAUAAGGACCAAAAUGUGAAGUCCCAAGGACCAAACCUUGAAAUAAGGACCAAAACUGGACAAUGUUUUAGUUGUGGAUUGAACAUGGUAAAAAUCAGAAAGCACAAGGACCAUUUUUGUAAUUUAUUCUUGAACAUCCAUAAUCAUUGACCUCUUCAAUAGUUUUUUUAUUCAAUUUAUCUAAUUUAUCUUCAUGUAUGUGAAAUGUUUUAGAAAACCUGCUUAUCUAAAGAUAAAAUCUAGAGUCCAUAUUGAGCAUUGUUAUAAAUAAAAGAUAAAAUUAUUACGUAUAUAAUUAUAAAAAUAAAAAAGAAAAAAAAUGUUAUAUCAUUGUUACGAAUUUAAUUUGCAAUAUUUACCUGGAAUAGUUUCAGAUGUUUUGGCUGAUCUUCCUUCUUCCUUAAGUUAUGCUCUAAUUUAGAAACCUCUUUCCUUAAGUUGACUUUCUCUGACUCAAUUCCCAAUAAUCUUUCUUGCAACUCAUUGUAAUCACCUCUUAGCAUUUUAAGUUCUGAUUGCAAAGUUCUAAUCAUAACAUUCUUUUCACUCAUCAAACUUGUCCAAUUUGUCGAUUCCUUCUGUAGUUUUUCUGUUUCCAUCUUUAAAGACCCAAAUUCCAUCACCAUUACUUCUCUUUCUCCAACUUUUUCAAGCUCUAAAGACAUUUCCUUAAUUUGUUCUUCUUGCAUAUUCAUUUGAUCACAAAGCUUCUCUACUUCUUUCUUGUGUGUACUUUUCAUCAACGAAAGCUCUACAUUUGAGUUCUCAACUGCUUCUUGCAUUUCUCUCAUCUGUUGUUUCAAACUUUGAUUUUCUAACCUUGCGUUUCUCAAAUCCUCAUCUGCUUCUAAUUUGGAUUUCAUCAAAUCUUCCACAUCAUCUUCAAAAUCACGCCCUUGUUUCUCCAAUUCUUUCUCUAAUCCCUUAAUAUGCGUUUCAUAUUCA